CUGGAGUCUUCUGGCUUCCUCUGCUUCUUAAUCUUCUUUGGGGUUUUUUUUUUUUUUUCUGUCUUCUUACAAAGCUUGAAGAUUAAGGAAGAAGAGGAGAGCAGUCCUGUGUGUGUGUUUUAGUGGAGGGGGGGGGGCAGGAGAAAGUAGCACUUCUUUUUUGCCUUUUCCAUUACAAGAUGUUUGGAGAGACAGCAGCUGCCUGGAGACUGUGUGCCACCAACAUGCCGCUUAUAUUGUUCCCUCUGGACUGGCAACCUCCCUGCCUGCUGGAAAGGAACAUCAUCUCCAGCGAGCCAUUUCCGCACUGCAGGUGUAUGGAGAGAAAAGGGAUAACAUGGUUAUUCCUGUUCCAGAGGCAGAAAGUAACAUCGCAUAUUAUGAAUCUGUAUACCCAGGGGAAUUUAAGAUGCCAAAGCAGCUUAUUCACAUACAGCCUUUUAGUUUGGAUGCUGAACAGCCAGAUUACGACUUGGACACUGAAGAUGAUGCCUUUUUGAAUAAGCUGAAAAAGAAACUAGAUAUCUCUUCGCUCCAGUUUGAAGAGAUGAUUGACCGGUUAGAGAAGGGCAGUGGGCAGCAGCCAGUUAAUCUCCAAGAGGCCAAACUCUUGUUAAAAGAAGAUGAUGAGUUGAUUACUGAGGUGUAUGACUAUUGGAUUAAGAAACGGAAAAACUGCCGUGGCUCCUCCCUCAUACCAGCAGUUAAACAGGAGAAGCGAGACGGCUCCAGUACCAGUGAUCCUUAUGUAGCCUUCAGACGGCGUACAGAAAAGAUGCAAACAAGAAAGAACCGAAAGAAUGAUGAAGCUUCUUAUGAAAAAAUGCUUAAGUUACGUCGGGAUCUCAGUCGAGCUGUAACUAUACUAGAAAUGAUAAAAAGGAGAGAGAAAAGCAAGCGGGAAUUGCUUCACCUAACACUGGAAAUAAUGGAAAAGAGGUAUAACGUAGGUGACUUUAAUGGAGAAAUUCUAUCAGAGGUUAUGGCACAUCGUCAACCAUUGAAGCCCACCUAUACUAUCCCCCUCAUGCCCAUUUCUCCUAUUCCAUUUUUACAUAAAGACACCAUAGAUAUUAAAGUUAACAAGCAAGAAAAAUCUGAUGCUGUUCGACCGAAAAGAAAAUAUGAGAAGAAGCCCAAAGUCUUGCCUUCAUCUCCUGCUGCUCUACAGACAAGUCCUGCUGCACUGCCAGUGUUUAAUGCUAAGGAUCUAAAUCAGUAUGACUUUCCCAGCUCUGAUGAUGAACCUCUCUCCCAGGUCAUGUCUGGCUCCUCAGAAGCUGAGGAAGAAAAUGAUCCAGAUGGUCCAUUUGCUUUCCGUAGGAAAGCUGGCUGUAAUUACUAUGCUCCACAUUUGGACCAAACUGGCAACUGGCCAUGGUGUAGUCCAGAGGAAGGAGGUCUUGGAGAAAUUCGCUAUAGAUACUGCCUCACUACUCUCACUGUUCCACGCAAGUGUAUUGGAUUUGCGCGAAGACGGGUUGGACGUGGUGGAAGGGCGCUCCUUGACAGAGCCCAUUCAGACUACAAUAGUGCUUUUCGUCAGCUGGACGUUGACAUGCUUUCCUCUCCAGAACACUCUUCAAUCAAUUCAUUUGCCAAUACCUCAGAAACGAAUACCUCGGAUAAAUGUUUCUCUAAAGACCUCAGCCAGAUAUUAGUCCAUAUUAAAUCAUGUAGGUGGCGCCAUUUUAGGCCUCGGACAACAUCCCUACAUGAAAGUGACAUUAAUGACUACUCCUAUAGAACGUUUCACAAGGGUAUAACUCGAACAGGCGCAGCACAACCUGGAACCCAGUCUUGUAGUACCUCGACAUCCAGUAAAAGUAGCAGUGGUUCAGCACACUUUGCAGUUACAGCCGAACAAUACCAGCAACAUCAACAACAAUUGGCACUAAUGCAGAAACAACAGCUUGCUCAAAUCCAUCAGCAGCAUGCAAAUAAUAAUUCUUCUGCCAACACAUCACAGGGUUUUAUUUCAAAGACAUUAGAUUCUGCAAGCGCUCAAUUUGCUGCUACAGCUUUGAUGACGUCAGAACAGCUGUUGGCCUUCAAAAUGAAGGAUGACGUAGUCCUUGGAAUUGGAGUGAAUGGCAUCCUUCAAUCCUCAGGAGUAUACAAGGGCUUACACCUCAGUAGUAAUACACCUGCAGCACUUGUACAUUCAAGUCAACCAUUAUCAACUGGUUCAGCCUUGCUACAGCCUUCCAAUAUUUCACAGACUGCUAGUUCCCACAGCGCUCUGAGUCACCAAGGAACUGCUGUCAAUUCUGCAACAACUCAGGUCCUGAUUGGGAAUAGCAUCCGAUUGACUGUCCCCUCCUCCGUUGCCACUGUAAACUCUAUUAACACCCUCAAUGCACGCCAUUUACCUAGGACUUUAAGUGCUGUUCCUUCGUCUGCCUUAAAGCUGGCUGCAGCAGCAGCGGCAAAUUGUCAGGUACCCAAGAUUCCAGCAGCAUCUUCAGUGGAUGCAGUACCACGGGAAAACCAUGAAACA